GUAUUGUAGAUCAGGCCUUACUGCUUACGGCCAUUGUAGACCACGCUUAACGUUAUGGUAGCUCCAACCUAAAUGCAUGCAAACGUACGUUGGAAAAGUAUGCCGAUUGUCAUAAGCAUGUAAUUUGACUUAAAAGUUAAAUGAAUUUGAAUAUUACAACAUUAUUGAAUCUACAGCAAUUAUAUUAAUUGCACAACGGUGUUAUUUACAGCAAAAAAUAUGGCAUCAUUGCCAAUUAUUCAGCGUCAAAUAAACAACGUGAUAAGAAGGUUCAAAUUCGAAGAGUUGGAACGUGAUGUAAUGCCAAUUUUCCCAGAGAUAACUUGGAGUCGUGUCAAGUCGAAAUUAGUCAAAAACCACAAAAAUUUUACUUGUAUCAAUGUUGUGCGUGUCAUUGAAGAAGCUAUUAAUAUUGCAAAUUUAAAAAAGAAAGAUCUAUAUGACAGAUUAGCCAUACUAGAAGUGACAGAUAUAAGUAGACACAAUAAAAGAAAGACAUGGUAUGGUUAUGAAUUAACAAAUUUAAACAAAUUAAUAACCUAUGUUGGAAAACGUAAACUUGAAGAAAAUAUCACAGCUGAGUUCUAUUCGAAUGGUAUACAAGUAAAUGUAAAAGUUGUAACAUAUAAUGAUAUCACGUUUGUAUAUAUCAAAGAGCAGAAGAAGAAACAAUCUAUAUCUGUUACACCACUCUUCUUUGCUGUAUUUUUGGGACACAAAUAUUUUUUCUGUUCGAAGAAAAAUGUUUCUAGUGAUUUUAUACAAGCAAUAGCUACUACCUUGGGCUAUAAAGACAGCAAGAGAAUUAAACUUACAGGUAGAGAUAUCAGAUCUUUGAUGAGAAUGUUAUGGAACAAACAACAAGGUGUUUUACAUGCUGCAGAUCUUAAUCGAUCAUUGGUAUAUGAAGCAUCUGAUCCUAUCAUCAAAAACACUGGUAUAAAUUAUACACAAACUACACAACGGACAAACUAUGCGAAACAGUGUUUUGGUGAAGAUCCUCCAACUUUGGAAUCGCUGGUUAUACGAGGACCACAAGAAUCUAUACAACAUCGUGAUCUGGCCCUCGUAUCACCCUUUGAUACUAUACAUAUGAAUUGGGAAUUUCGUAGCCACAAUGUAGCCAGAUUCUUGUCCAAUUUAAUUGAAAAACGUAUAUUUGUAUUGCCAUUACCCGAAUAUAUAACCAAUCUUAUAACACUAGGUAAGAACGAAUUGACACUUCAAGCCUGCUGACACUUAGUAAUGAGAAUAAUGACACUUUUAUAAAAAAGUAAUCAUUCAAUAACUCGCAUAUAAUGCUUACUACUGAUUAUUAUUAGUAUAUUGAAAAAAAUUGUACUUAGCGUAAUUGUGACCAUUGCAGUAAAUGGCUGUAAAAUGUUUUAUAAAUAAUAACACCCGCGUGCGUGUAUAGUUUUCACGGAAUUCUAAAAUUAGUUCUUUUGUAUAAAGAGAAGGUGUUAAGUCUGCAUAAGGUCUACAGAAAUUGAAUCAUGAGUAGAUAAUAAAUAAUAAUCUAAACCUGUGUAAAAAGUACAAUGCGACAAUGAUGGAGCAGCAGUAAAAAAUUAAUAUUUAUUGUAACUAACCAAUAAAGAUAAAAGAU